AAAGAUAAUAAAGCUCAAAGCCCUAGCUACUCCAUGCUCUAUUUUUCGUAAAAUGCAAAAUAACAGACUCGAGCGAAGUGAAGAGAACGUAAUAACUUGGUUUUGUGCCACCCACCAUGUUCAACACCACCACCACCACUUGUAGUACGUACCACCGUAUGUGGAGGAGCUGGGAGGAAGAAUUCAUUUUUUCCGGUAAGAAAGUGUACAUAAGAACCUUCUUUUCAAUAUCAAGAAAAGCAUUUUAGUGUUUCAUAAAGGUAAUACAAUAAGUUUUAUUUCAUGCAUGAUGUUUUCAACAAGAGAUGGUGCGAGUUUGAAGCAUUCCCAUAAUUAAACUAAGCUUCUUUCACAUGCAUGUUGUCUCCUACAAUCGACUUUCACUUCCACCAUUUGUGUUGCCAUUUCUUGACUUCCACUGUUAUUCCAUUUCAAAGGCUCAAAAACUGAAGAAGAUGACAAACCAUCAUUUUGUUACCUCUUCACCAACUUUUUCAUAUUUUUUCAUUUUUUUCUUCUUCUGUAUAAGUUUGAGUCCAAGAAAAGCUGUAUUAGUGAACUCUCUCUCCUCUGAUGGACAAGUUUUGCUCUCUCUUCUAAAAGCAGCUGACCCUUAUGCUAAAUCAUCAUCUUCUGUACUUUCUUCUUGGAAUACUUCAAGUUUAACUCCAUGUUCUUGGCAAGGCAUUUCUUGUUCUCCUCAACAAAGAGUUAUUUCAGUUUCUCUUCCAAAUACAUUUCUCAAUCUAUCUUAUUUACCCUUUGACCUCUCUUCCCUUUCAUCUCUUCAGCUUCUCAAUCUUUCUUCUACAAAUAUAUCAGGCACAAUCCCUUCAUCCUUAAUUGGUUCAUUUACUCAUCUUACGCUUUUGGACCUUUCUUCUAAUUCUCUUUCAGGGCCUAUUCCCUCAAAACUUGGUGGGCUUACCUCACUUCAGUUCCUGUUCUUGAAUUCAAACAGAUUGACUGGUAAAAUCCCACAACAACUUGCCAAUCUUACUUCACUAGAAAUCCUCUGUCUCCAAGAUAAUCUCCUUAACGGAUCGAUUCCUUCUCAAUUAGGCUCCUUGGUGUCACUUCAACAAUUCAGGAUUGGAGGAAAUCCACAGCUAACUGGCGAAAUACCAGCACGAUUAGGCCUACUCACCAAUCUCACAACGUUUGGUGUCGCGGCCACUGGACUUUCUGGGGUUAUUCCACCCACAUUUGGUAAUUUAAUUAAUCUCCAAACUUUGGCAAUAUAUGAUACUGAAGUCUUCGGUUCAAUACCACCUGAACUUGGGAUGUGUUCAGAGCUUAGGAACUUAUACUUGCACAUGAAUAAGCUCACUGGUUCAAUACCUCCUCAGUUGGGCAAGUUACAAAAGCUUACUAGCUUACUUUUAUGGGGAAAUUUGCUUACUGGCCCUGUUCCGGCUGAGCUUUCAAAUUGUUCAUCUCUUGUAGUUCUUGAUGUUUCUGCAAAUGAUUUGUCUGGUGAAAUUCCGGGUGAUCUGGGAAAGCUAGAGGUUCUUGAACAACUUCACUUGUCGGAUAAUGCACUUACUAGUGCUAUUCCAAUGCAGUUGAGUAAUUGUAGUAGCUUAACAGCUCUUCAGCUUGAUAAGAACCAAUUAUCAGGGGCUAUUCCUUGGCAAGUUGGGAACUUGAAGUACUUGCAGAGUUUCUUAUUGUGGGGGAAUUCGGUUUCAGGAACCAUUCCAGCUGCUUUUGGGAACUGUACUGAACUAUAUUCACUUGACCUCUCAAGGAACAAUCUCACUGGUUCAAUACCUGAAGAGAUAUUCAGUUUGAAGAAGCUGAGUAGGUUGUUGUUCCUUGGAAAUUCGUUAACAGGAAGUUUGCCGCCAAGUGUGGCACAGUGCCAGUCUCUGGUGAGGUUGAGGCUCGGUGAAAACCAGUUUUCUGGACCAAUACCGAAGGAGAUAGGACAGCUGCAGAAUCUUGUGUUUCUUGAUUUAUACAUGAACCAUUUCUCUGGUGAAUUACCUUCUGAAGUUGCCGACAUUACGGUUCUUGAGCUGUUGGAUGUGCAUAACAAUUACCUAACUGGGGAAAUACCAUCAACAUUGGGAGAGCUCGUGAACUUAGAGCAGCUUGAUCUCAGCAAGAACAGCUUCACUGGUGAGAUUCCAGGGAGUUUUGGUAAUCUCAGUUACUUGAACAAACUUAUUCUCAGCAAUAAUCUGCUUACUGGUCCAAUUCCAAAGUCAUUUAGCAACUUGCAGAAGUUAACUCUACUUGACUUGAGCUCCAAUGGUUUAUCUGGUGCAAUUUCACCUGAGAUUGGUUAUAUGACAAGCUUAACAAUCAGCUUGGAUUUGAGCUCAAACCGUUUCACAGGCGAACUCCCUGAAAGUUUAUCCGGAUUGACACGGUUGCAAUCUCUUGAUAUUUCUCACAAUAUACUGAGUGGAAACAUCGCGAUUCUAAGCUCUCUGACCAGUCUCACUACUUUAAAUGUAUCUUACAAUAGUUUAUCAGGGCCUAUUCCUGUAACGCCAUUCUUUAGAACACUCACAUCAAACUCUUUUCUUGAUAAUUUACACCUUUGUGAAUCAAUUGAUGGCUCUGCUUGUUCUGCUCGUAUAACGGGAAGGUCCAGAUUGAAGUCUGUAAAAUCCAUAGCUUUGGUUGCAGUGAUCGUGAUAUCUGUUGCCAUAGCAGUCGUGGCACCGCUGUUUUUUGUGACAAGGAAACGGAGAUAUGAAUUUGAGAAAUCCCCAGGCAUGUCAGCCUCUGCAGUAGGGGCAGAAGAUUUUUCCUAUCCGUGGACUUUCAUCCCCUUCCAAAAGGCCAAUUUCACCAUUGACAACAUCUUGGAUUGCUUGAAAGGUGAAAACAUUAUUGGGAAAGGCUGCUCAGGAGUUGUUUAUAGAGCAGAAAUGCCAAAUGGCGAGUUGAUUGCGGUUAAGAAGCUCUGGAAAACAAAGAAAGAUGAGGAACCAAUAGAUUCUUUCGCUGCUGAAAUUCAAAUUCUCGGUCACAUAAGGCAUCGCAACAUAGUGAAGCUCCUUGGAUACUGUUCAAACAAGAGUACUAAACUUCUUCUCUACAACUACAUUUCAAAUGGUAAUCUUCAACAGCUCUUGCAAAGCAACAGGAACUUGGACUGGGAAAUCAGGUACAAGAUUGCAGUUGGAUCAGCUCAAGGACUUGCUUAUCUUCACCAUUACUGUGUGCCAGCAAUUCUUCAUAGAGAUGUCAAGUGCAACAACAUACUCCUUGACUCCAAAUUUGAGGCUUAUUUAGCAGAUUUUGGACUUGCAAAGCUGAUGAAUUCUCCAAAUUAUCAAGCGAUGUCCAGACUAGCAGGAUCUUAUGGGUAUAUAGCUCCAGAAUAUGGAUACACAGUGAAUAUAACAGAAAAAAGCGAUGUCUACAGUUAUGGAGUGGUGUUGCUGGAAAUACUGAGUGGACGUAGUGCAAUUGAGCCUCAGAUUGGUGAUGGACUACACAUUGUUGAGUGGGUAAAGAAGAAGAUGGGAAGCUUUGAACCAGCUGUUACAAUUUUGGAUUCCAAGCUACGGGCUUUACCGGAUCAAAUGGUACAAGAAAUGCUACAAACAAUUGGAAUAGCUAUGUUCUGUGUGAAUUCAUCACCAAGUGAAAGGCCAACCAUGAAAGAAGUGGUGGCACUUCUAAUGGAAGUGAAGAGCCCACCUGAAGAAUUUGGAAAAACUUCUCAGCCUUUAAUAAAUCAGUUAACUCAAAGUUGAUUCUUUUUUGCUUAUCUUUCCUGUCUCUUUUAUUUUAGAGGUGUAGGCAUUUAUUUUCUCUGUUGCCAAGGUAGAAGAAAGGCUAGUCAUUGUAGGAAAAGAGUAGAAUUCAAGUUUCCAGGCAUAGAUUAGUGUAGGAAUUCUUGUACAGUUUCAGAAAACAUUUAGUGUUAGCUUAGUUGCCUCUUUAUUUCUUCA